AUGGGCCCCGUGCGUCUGCCAUUUGGUUUCGGUUCACUGUGCUCGCCUGCAGAUGUGAGCGAGACACACACCUGCUCAGGGGCUCUCAAACAGACCGCCGCCAUCCGUCACAGCUCACGCUACACUCGCUCUGUCGGAACAAGGCCUUGGUUCCGGUCCAGCAGCCCUCAGACUGUAGGUCAGCGGGCGUCUCUCGUGAUGAACCUGCCCUACCAUGAAUCAUAUCCUCUCAUCCCUCCAUACCCUCUUUACUCCUUCUACUCCCAACCCAUGCUUUGCGCUCCCCUCAAACAACCACUCAAGCGCACUAAGGUCCUUCAGGUGAGCCAGCCCGCCUCCCAUCAAGUCCUAAUGAGGCCAGCUGGCUCUGUGCUCGGACCAAACCAAACUGGAGACGGCAUCGUCCUGGCUCCCUCUGCCUUGUACACCCCCUCCUGCCUGACACCCACCCCCUUUUCUCCAGAUAUCUUGGAGAACCAUGGACGGCUGAGCACACACGGCACAUUUGGAAAUGAAAGUCCGGGUUGCAGCCUCAGACUGGACUCCCCAGUUGCUUACUUCUACUACAGUGUUUUCUGCAUCUACAACAGCAGCGGUGAUGUUGAGCGGUCCCCCAGCCCGCUCCCUAGGCCCCCGAAGAGGAACCAGCGGCAUGAUGUCACACACCUGUUUGGCUGGAGGCUGCGGCCCGGCGAUGCUUACAGCCGUGGGUGUCACGUUGGCACCCCUCGCUCCCCCUUGUCGCCGCUUGCUACGCCCCGUGGAUGUGUCAAAAUGGCAGAUGAUGGUUGGGGUGUGUGCAGCUGCUUGGGAAGAGGAGUGCCAAGGGCGCUCAUUUCCUGCGGUGAGUUUUAA